AUGAAAAUUAUUUGCCGGAUGAUGCAGCUUCUUCCUUUCGGAAGUCCUUCUUCUCAAACAACACUUCUGGUUUCUCGCGAUAGUCACACAACCGAAUUCGAAGUUACAUCAAAUUCUACGAAGCUGGUUCAGCAGGAAAUGGCUUUCCAAAUCUUCUCACUGAACGACAAUGGUGUUGUCGCUAUGCAACAAGGAAAUUAUGCUGAAGGGGGAAGAUUUUUCCUUCAAGGUUUGGAUAGUAUACGCCAAAUCCUCGAAACGAAGGCUCCAGCUGUUAGUGACUCAGAAAGAGCUACCGCUUUCUGUAGCUUCGCAGCGAGCUUGACAUCUAAAGCUAUCGGCUCCGAAGCAUGUUGUGCAGUGGGGCCCAAGCCACACCACACAGCAUUAGAAAAUAGGACAUCAUGGCAACUUGAACAGCAGCACGAAGAUGCCUUUGAUUUUUUUGCAAGGGUCUUUUUGGUAUCUGCUUCGGACUUAGGUCAAAGUUCGUUCGAUGCUAUUUUGGGAGCAGUGUGUGUUUUGCUCUUGUUUAACGCGGGAGUUGCCUUCCAUGCAGAUGGAGUUCAGACCGGUAGGUCAAAGAUGCUUCUCAAAGCAUACAAAUUUUAUGAAAAGGCGGUAAGCAUUGUGCAACAAGAACAUCCCUCACCCUGGGAGGCAGGAAAACUCCCGCUCGUCUACCUUUCAGUACUGGCAAACAUGGCCCAUAUACAGUCAGAGCUUUUCGAAAGUGAUGCUCUUCAUCAGACACAACUACUUCUUGAGAAAGUUCUAAACUGUGUUGUUCAUCGCUUCUCGGCGGCCUUGGAAGCGCACGAACUCCGCUUUUUUCUGAUCAAGUUAAUGCUGCUCAACUGCCAGACAUCAAUUCAAGCGGCAGCUGCGUGA